AUGGAUUCAAUAAUCACAAACGAUGCUGCUAAUUUCGAAUCAUGGAUGUUCGAAGAAGAUAUGAAACCUUCCUUGGUUUCUAAUAAGAACUCAUCAAUUUCAUUAAAUUCUAAUUUAACGACUGAUAAUUCAUGGUUUGAAUCAUUAGAAAAUAUCAUAUCAUCUACAUCAAGCUCUUCUAUCGCUUCUCCAAUUGAAAAUCAAUUGAAUCAAGAAGUUCCAUUCACAUUGAAACAAGAAAAUGAAUCUUUUAUACCAUCGUUAGUUAAUUCUCCUGAAAAUGAUAGUUUCACCAACGACGUCAGUUUGUUACCUUCGUUGGACAAUUUAAUUAAGAGAGAAAUCACUGAAUCUGAUGAAGCUGAUGGAGAAGAUGAUGGACUUAUCAAGAUUAGGCCAGUUAGAAAAAGAUUAACUGCUCAUCAAAAGGAGGCUCAUAAUAAGAUUGAAAAAAGAUAUAGAAUCAACAUCAAUACAAAAAUUGCCAGAUUACAGCAAAUUAUCCCAUGGGUCUCCUCUGAACAAACAGCUUUUGAAGUCAGUGACUCUGUAAAAAAGCAAGACGCAUCUAUCAGCACCACAACAGCCACUAGCACAAGGCUGAACAAAAGCAUGAUCCUAGAAAAAGCUGUCGAUUAUAUUCUAUAUUUACAAAAUAAUGAGAGGUUAUAUGAGCUUGAGGUAACUAGAUUAAAAAAUGAAGUAGAAACUUUAAGAAGACAAUCAAACCAAAAAUGA